AUGGCCCCCCAACCCCUCGGCCCCCAGAAGGGCACUCUGGACAAGGCAGAUGUUACCAGUGACCAGCUCACAGCGGCCUCCGUUGGAAACGUGGACUGGCUGCGGCUGUGUAUGCAAGCAGCGGGCUCGCACAUCGAGCAGGAUGGGAAUGGAUUCACAGCUUUACACAUGGCCGCUCUGCACGGUCGGCUCCGGUGUCUGAAGGUUCUGAUUGAGGAUUACAAGAUGGACGUCAACCUACCCAGUCGAUGUGGAUGGAGAGCUCUGCACCUGGUCUUAAGUCAGAAGAACAGGAAAAAGGCAAAAGAAUGUUUACAGUUGUUGUUGAGGUGCGGCGCUGACGUAAACGUAGAGAGCGAGAGCAUGGUGACACCAUUGCACCAGGCAGCCAGAGAAGGCCUGGAGGACUGUUUGGCCAUAUUGGUUGAAAAUGGAGCAGAUGUACAUGCGAAAGACCUACAGGGCAACCGUCCCAUCGAUUUAUGUAAGAUUUGGUGCCACCGUAAUUGUGCCAGGUACCUCCACAAUGCCACGUGGAAAAAAGACAAGGAGGAAUUUGCACGUGAGCUGAAAAAGAUGGAAACAUUGAAAAGAAACAUCCUGGAAAUGGACCGAGAGGCUCUGCUAAAGAUGAUGAAAACCCACGAGACCUGUUUUUGUGUCGGCACAGAGACCAAGAAACCACCAGAAAAAGCAAGGGGUACCUCCAUAAAAACUAAAGUCUCAUCAGAUUCUAAAGUAAGCCAGAUGUCCAGUAAAUUGUUACCUGGUAAGGAGCAGCAUAAGAAAAAGCUUUCAGCCUCUGAGGGUUUAGACAAGGACACAUAUAAGAAAAGGACAAAUACCAUGUCUAGCUAUAGGGAAGAAGGAGGAACCAAGAGACUUGAAGAUGAUGGAGAGCAUUCUAGGGUACAGUCAAUGUGCCAAUGUUGUGAAUGGAAUCCAAGUUCUAAUCCGACAAUGCCUCCAGUCACAGAUAUUUACAGACCUCCCACAUUGCGUCUGGGCAUUGACCCAGAAGAUGUCACCAAACCAGACUUCAGUGACAUAGUCACACUUGACAAAGAUGAGCAUGGUCAGCCACAAAUCAAGACCAUUCAAGGACAAAUCUUCCCCUCCCAGCCUAAUUUGCCAUACGAGACCAUUCAAAGGUGCUUGUUUCCCAAGACCGGUCCUAAGGAAAGGAUCUGCAUGCCAUAUGAGUUUAAGACCAUCCAUGUUUUUGAUGUGCCCAAAAAGCAACAGCCUUUGGAGGGGAGAAAACCAGUUUCAGAAAUCUCAUUCCACUUGAGGCAAAACCUUGAUUCUAGGCUCAGGACAGCCAACAAGUCUACUAAACGCCGACCAUGA